AUGCCUAUUGCCUAUUACGUGACAGAUGAAAAUGGCGUGGUCGAUAUGCGUAAAGAACAAACAAUAGAUAGACAACCAUGCAUGGCUUACGUAGAAAAGUGGGACGAAUGGUUAGGAAUAUCCCGUGACAUGGUGAGGCGAUCUGCUAGGAAAUUGAACCCAGUGGAACUUCAUUUACAGACCGUAUCAGAAGUAUUGUACCUACAGAAGCAGAGACAGAGUGAUUCUAGUAAUUUCGGACGAAUCGACCUUAUGCGAGCCCCGUUUGUGAAAUCACUUGGUGAGGAACUUGCAACAGAUAUAGAGGUUCUCAUUGAUCGAUUCGAAUCAUCGAACAAUAAGCCGGAAAGAUGGUUGGAUACAAUUAUAUCGGUGUUCUAUCCUGGUGAACAACAGUCGUAUGGCAUCUCUAACCUUGAGCAUGACGUUUUCCGGGCUUUGUCGCAGCACUGGGAAAAGCACGGUUAUGUCGGAAAAGGAAAGGAAAGUGACGCACUAACUGAAACCUCUGAUGUGUAUGAUGUUGGAAAUGAUAAUGGAAGUAACGCUGCUGCAUAUCUAUUGUAUGAAGAAUCGAAAGAGGCAUCGAUGUGGGACUGGUUUACAUCUCAGAAAGCCACACGAGGGGACAAUCUAAACUACCUAAAACCACGAAGGACCUUAUCCUUAUCAACGCUUGAACGUAUAGACACGAAUCUUAGAAAAUAUGGUGUGUUGAUUUAA